AUGAAUAGUAACAACGUAACUUGUCCUGGAAUUGUAAUGUUCCAAGUACGUUCAAACAAAGCCCUAGCCAACAACGCAACUUUAAUGCUGCAAUUUCUUUCGCGGGGCCAACUCAUGACACGAACACUCAAACUGGAGGCGGAUUAUUCAUAUGAUAUACAGGAAUAUGGAUUUAAUCACUUCUGGCGUAAUUGGGAGGUUAAAAUCCAUUGUUGUGAAGGCUGGAGGGGAGUUAAUUGUCAACCACCUGUCUACGAUGAUAACGAACACAUAAAGGACGGAAAAGUUCAUUUUCUUAAAAUUCUGUCGGAUUCAGAAAGACAAAAAUUUGUAGAUGGUACCCUACGAAAAGCAAUUUUCAAAUAUAUAGCUACUCUUGAACUUGAUGGAGAUUUUGGACCCACAUUUCGUGCCGUAGCAACUGUAUUCAGAGGCAAAGAAAUGGCCUCGGACUUUGUUGAAAUAGCUGGUCUUCAAGCAUGCUCCUCGCCAGCAAUAGCUUGGACUGAGCGUAAGGGAGGGCUACAACUUGACAAGCAAUAUGUUGUUCCUCGAGAGAACGUUAGCUUCUCCUUAAAAAUAUUACUAGGGGAGGAGACUGAUGACGCUGUUGAAACUACAUGUCUUCUUAGUAUGAUAGAUGUUUCGUCAAAACAAUUUAAUUCAGCAAUCUUUCGCAGAAUUGACUUAAAUACUUUUACUGCUCUACUUAAAAGCAACCAAAUGUACCAUCGAAAGGUAAUAGUUCAAAGCACCAAAGAUGCCUACCGAGCAGCAGGAAUGGACUUCGUUUUGUUAUCGCCGAAAAGUUCUAUGUAUACGCCAAGGUAUUGCCCAUGGGUAUUUUACUCCACGCACGCACCCCGUAAGAUACCUUUCCUGGGACCCAUUGGUCCCAUGGGUCCUCCCGACCCAGGGCGACAAAAUCGCAAGGAAAGCGACACCAGUCAUUACCAAAAACCAACUCAGGAUACAAUUCCACUAAUUAGAGAUUUUUUUCCCGAAGUAUGGCUGUUUGAAACAGUGAAGCUGAUCGGCGGAAGCCUCACAAAGUCGCUUAUCGUACCUGACACUCUCACCACAUGGGAGACCAAUGCCGUAUGUAUUACGGCCAAAAAAGGUCUGUGGAUGCCUAUAGAGAAGCCAAAAUUGACAGUUCAGAUGCCUUUCUUCGUGGAUUUCACACCACCUCUGAUGGCGCGACGAGGAGAGGUGCUGCACCUGCCUGUCAGUGUCUUUGUUUAUCCUACGACUACAACAAGGUCGACUGCAAUUACGAAAACGACUACGACGAUAACAGCCCAUAAGCCAGGAAUCAGUACCCAGCGAAUAUGCUACGAGGUAGAAGUGAGCCUGGAAACGGGUUUGCGGGACUGGCGGGCGAUUGGUGCUACUGCCUUCACUGAGUGCAUAUGUGUAGGAGACCUGAAACAAACAUUCCUCAUACCCAUCCGUCCACUGCGAUUUGGACAACUGAAUAUCACUGCCAAGGCGGUGGCUCAUCGUAACAGCUUGGCAUGUAGUAGCGACAAUGCUGACUUUAGUGGCUUGAGUGAGACACGUGAAGCUGUUACAGUAACUGACAUGGUCCGACGUGGAGUGAGGGUGAUCGCCGAGGGCGUUGAGAAACGUGUAACCCUUGGUGGCGUCUUCUGCACGUCUAAAGGUGAGCCUUUCCACACUUUCUUUCCAUUCAUAUUCGCUCUGUACUUUCUCAUCAUCAAUUUAAUUACCUGGAAUAUAUUGUUUUCUCUCUCGAUCAUACCCAAAUUCAUCCAUUUUGCUUUUCUGUCAAUAGCAUAUAUUCAAAUUAAUCCAGUUAUGCAUAAUAAUAUCAUCCAUUUGAUUUGUCUGUUUCCUUUUGGACAAAUACGCAUAACUAUGCAGACAGGUGAUUAA